UCUCCGCGCGACGGAAGCAGGAAGUGAAAGCGCAGCCUCGGAGCGAUGGAGCCCGAUUUCUUCAUCGGUCCCACGACCGGGGGGGGUUCGACCAUUGUGGGAGACUGGGAGGAGAGAGGAGUGGAUGAGGAUUACUGUGAAGGAGAGGACGAUGCAGAGGUUCAGCAGGAAUGCCUGCAGAAAUUCUCCAGUAAAGAUUACAUCAUGGAACCAGCAAUAUUCAACACAUUGAAGAGGUAUUUCCAGGCUGGAGGCUCUCCAGAGAGCGUAAUUCAGUUGUUAUCUGAAAAUUACAGUGCUGUCGCCCAGACAGUGAAUUUAUUGGCAGAAUGGCUCAUUCAGUCAGGAGUGGAACCUGUGCAAGUUCAAGAGACUGUGGAAAAUCACCUAAAGAGUUUAUUGAUAAAGUACUUUGACCCACGUAAAGCAGACUCCAUAUUUACAGAAGUAGGAGAGACACCGGCAUGGCUGGAGCAAAUGAUCGCGCACACAACAUGGAGAGACCUUUUCUAUAAGCUGGCAGAGGCCCAUCCCGAUUGUCUGAUGCUCAACUUCACUGUAAAGUUAAUUUCAGACGCUGGGUACCAAGGGGAAAUUACCAGCGUAUCCACAGCAUGCCAGCAGCUGGAAGUCUUUUCCAGAGUCCUCCGUACUUCGCUGGCCACCAUAUUGGAUGGAGGAGAGGAAAACCUGGAGAAAAACCUCCCUGAAUUUGCAAAGAUGGUUUGUCACGGUGAGCACACCUACCUGUUUGCCCAGGCCAUCAUGUCUAUUCUGGCUCAGGAGGAGCAGGGGGGCUCUGCCAUGCGACGAAUUGCUCAGGAGGUCCAGAGAUUUGCACAUGAAAAAGGCCAUGAUGCCAGUCAGAUAACGUUGGCGCUGGGCACUGCAGCAUCAUAUCCGCGUGCAUGCCAGGCACUGGGUGCAAUGCUGUCUAAAGGAGCCCUCAAUCCAGCUGAUAUCACGGUGUUGUUCAAAAUGUUUACAAGCAUGGAUUCCCCACCAGUUGAGCUGAUCCGUGUUCCUGCAUUCUUGGACCUCUUCAUGCAAUCACUCUUUAAACCGGGUGCUAAAAUUAACCAAGAUCACAAGCACAAAUACAUCCACAUUCUGGCAUACGCAGCCAGUGUCGUGGAAACCUGGAAGAAGAACAAGAGAGUGAAUAUUAACAAAGAUGAGUUGAAGUCGACAUCAAAAGCCAUAGAGACUGUGCAUAACCUGUGCUGCAACGAAAACAAAGGCGCUUCCGAACUGGUGGCCGAGCUCGGUACCCUGUAUCAGUGUAUCAGGUUUCCAGUGGUGGCUAUGGGAGUUCUGAAGUGGGUGGACUGGACCGUGUCUGAGCCCCGAUAUUUCCAACUUCAAACAGAUCAUACGCCUGUACACCUGGCUUUGCUUGAUGAGAUCAGUACCUGUCACCAGCUGCUUCACCCUCAGGUCCUGCAACUUCUCAUCAAACUCUUUGAGACGGAGCAUUCACAGCUGGAUGUCAUGGAGCAGCUAGAACUUAAGAAAACAUUACUGGACAGAAUGGUCCAUCUGCUUAGUCGUGGCUAUGUCCUGCCAGUGGUCACCUAUAUCCGCCGAUGCCUGGAGAAGUUGGACACUGAUAUCUCACUCAUCCGAUACUUUGUGACCGAGGUGCUUGAUGUCAUCGCUCCCCCCUACACCUCCGACUUUGUCCAACUUUUCCUCCCCAUCCUGGAAAACGAUAGUAUUGCUGGGACCAUCAAAACUGAAGGAGAACAUGACCCUGUGACGGAAUUUAUUGCUCACUGCAAGUCCAAGUUCAUCAUGAUUAACUAGCAAGUGGUUUGGGCGUCCGUUUCCACAUGAGUAUCUGGAAGACAUCAGAACGAGGAAGUUCCCAGGAGAUGGCGAGAUUUCUUGGGGAUUGCUGUUUUGUCUUCAUGGUUUUGUUGUUGUUGUUGUACAGACUUUUAGUUGAACUUUCUUAAUAAAACAUUAAAACUGUUUCAAA